ACCAGGAUUGAGCGAGUAAUUCGGGAUUUUCCACGUUUUCUUCAUCUAUAGACCUCUAAGAGGAUAUUGUGGGGAUUGGAGUUUCUGUGACUUUCUCUCUCUCGGCUUUUUCACUGACCUACAUCCUACUCCUCUUGAAUGUGUGCGGGAGGCGCGUGUGCGAAGGGGGAGUAGGACAGGUUUUUCCGCACAAACACACAAACCCCUCCCUCCCCCCCUCCCCUUCCCCUCCCCCUUACACCUCCGACUGCUGGCCCGACACAAGGAGAAACACCUGGGGCGAGAUCAGUGCUAACCACUCACACACAAACACACACACACACACACACAAACCUGGAUAACAUGUGGAGCUGAUUCGGAUUAUAGAGCCGCACAGACGGAAAAGGUCUGUGGUCUGCCAGGCGUUCUACCAUGCCUGUCCCCCCACCCCUCAAUCCCAGCAGACAUAAACACCUGCCCCACGCACACCUUCAUACGGAACAAAGGGCAGAAAGCGCCACCGUUCCUUCCCUCUUCCCGCCGUCCAUCUUCUCGCUCUCUCUUCUUCCCCCUCUUCUCGUCUCAUCUCUGUCCUCCUCAUCCCAUCUCUUCCACUGCGCCUGCCCCAGAGCUACUAAAAGAACCCUCCCCGACUCUGGUCCUCUCCCGGCAUUUCACUGGCUGACUCUGGUCACAUGCUGCCUGUUGCCUUCUCUGAUCGGAGCCGGGGAGACUUGGGGUAUGGUCUCAGCCUGUCCCUUCCACUGUGUCUGUCGGAAUCUUUCGGAGUCACUCAGCACGCUCUGCGCCGACAAGGGCCUCCUGUUUGUCCCGCCGCACGUCGACCGGCGCACAGUCGAGCUGAGACUGGCGGAUAACUUUAUCACUGAGGUGGGAGGGAUAGACUUUGUCAACAUGUCGGGACUGGUUGAUUUGACUCUGUCCAGGAAUACCAUCAACCUCAUCAAACCCAUGGCCUUUGCCGACCUGGAGAGCUUGAGGUCGCUUCAUUUGGAUGGUAAUCGCUUGACAACAAUUGGACCCAGGGACCUUACUGGUUUGGCCAAUCUGCAACACCUGAUCGUCAACAACAACCAGCUGGUCAAAGUCUCCGUCCAGGCCUUUGAUGACUUCUUGCUCACAUUAGAAGACCUCGACAUGUCCUACAAUAACCUCAGGAGGGUGCCAUGGGAGUCCAUACAGAACAUGGCCAGUCUGCACACACUCAACCUGGACCAUAACUUGAUAGACCACAUAGCCGAAGGAGUCUUUGGAGAGCUGUAUAAGCUUGCAAGGCUGGAUAUGACCUCCAACAGGCUGCGAACCCUGCCUCCUGAUCCCCUCUUUGCAAGGUCCCAAACAGGUGCAAUAAGCCCCACCCCCUACAACACUAUCAUAAGCUUGAAUUUUGGAGGGAAUCCAUUCCACUGCAAUUGCGAACUGCUGUGGUUAAGGCGCCUCAUCCGUGGUGACGACAUGGAAACUUGUGCCACACCUGCUCACCUAGCUGGAAGGUAUUUCUGGUCAAUUCCUGAGGAGGAAUUUACAUGUGAGCCACCUCUCAUCACCCGUCACACUCACAAGCUAUGGGUGCUGGAGGGCCAGCGAGCCACGCUAAAAUGCCGUUCCAUCGGGGACCCUGAGCCAGUGGUCCACUGGGUUUCACCUGAUGACCGAAUAAUUGCAAAUUCAUCUCGGAUCAGUUCCUUCAGCAACGGGACCUUGGAUAUGUUAGUUACAGUUGCCCGGGAUGAUGGGGCUUACACGUGUAUUGCAAUAAACGCAGCGGGCGAAGCGACUGCCACUGUCGAUCUGAAAAUAAUCCCCUUGCCUCACCGGGGCGGAACAGGUGGAAACACAGGGAAUAACAAUGUGAACACCAAAAACAACAGGAACGCGACAAAUGGGAUUUUACGGACAGAUCCAGGAUCCUCCGAUAUCAGUUCAGGGAAAAACGGAGGGAUUAACAAUGGCGCAGGCCGUGUAGGAGAGAUGGAUGAUGGGAGGAAUGUUGGAGGGGAGGACGAGAAGGGUGAUGGCAGCAGGGCCUCUGAAGGAGAGAGGAUUGAUGGAGGGAGCAUGGAGGAGGUAGAGGAGGACGAAGAGGAAGAAAGGAUGAUUGGAGUACAAGGAGUAACUUCAACAUCAGCACAAGUCAGAUGGGAUUUGGGGCGUUUGUCCACUGCUUAUGUUGUCUGGAUGUAUCAGAUACAAUACAACUGCACCGCCGACGAGACCCUCAUCUACAGAAUUCUCCCAUCGACCAGUGACCGCUUCCUGUUGAAGAACUUGGUUGCUGGUGUGGACUAUAACCUGUGUGUGCUGGCCAUUUUUGACGACACAACCACAUCCCUGGCAGCGACCAAAGUUCUAGGCUGCACCACAUUCUCCACCAAGGAUGUUUACCCGGCGUGCCGCUCUCUCCAAGCGCAUUUCCUGGGCGGGACUCUCACCAUACUGGUUGGCGGCGUUGUCGUGGUCACUCUGCUCGUGUUCACUGUCGCACUCAUGGUCCGGCAUCGCGUUUGCAACCACGGGGACCACAUGAUAUGUCACAGCGGCAACACCGAAGCAGGAGGCGGGGCCUGCUGUCAGGGUGGAGGUGUAGGAGGGGACAAAGGGGGGAACGGCACUGGGUGCUACCAAUCAAAUGGCUCAGGGGACAUGAUGAUGGUGGUCCUGCCCAACGGCCUGCCUUCUAAAAGAGGAGGGGAGAAGGAGAAGGAGAAGGAGAAAGAUGCGACUGAUUCCGCCUCUCUGCCUCCAAAGCUCCCUCCAAAGCCCAGGCCCAAGCCGAAAGUCAACCUGGAGCACUUUCUGUCGGCUGGAGGCGUGGUUUCCACGACGACGGGGGCAGGAAGUGAGAUGGCACUGGUGGUGAGGCAAAGGAAGCUGGACAAGGUGCCGCCGUACUCUCUUGAAAGUGACAGAACUCCCCUCUACUACUCCCCUUCCCCCCCCUCCACCCUCCCCCGUCAGUCGCACUCCCGCCCAAACCCGCGCCUGGAGCGGGAACUGACCAAUCGUGCCAGUUUCUCUCUGGCUGCGCCCCUGAGAGACUCGGAGAUGUUGGACUGGAGAAUCUCGUCUCGCGGCAGGGACAAAUGGAAAUCCUCACAGGUCUAUCUGAGUCCUGUGUCCCCCGCAAACAGUCCUGCAAGUGGGACCGUCAGCAAAAGGCGGCACUCGUUGGACAUGGGCUCGUCUGUCGCCCUAGCAACUGACGCUGCGGCUUCUGUUGCCAAGCACUAUGGCGCUGUCAGCUACGCCAAGCGGUUGAGCGUGAUCUGGACGAGGCGGAGCCAGUCACUUCAUGGAAUGCUCGUGCAGUGCGCCUCUACGACAAGCACAGCAUCUUCGACGAACAGCGACGAGGCGGAAAGUGCCGGGGGCUUUGGGUUCCAGCGAGGAUACAUCCACGCUUAUAACACAACCAACUCCAACUCCAACAGUGGGAUUACUGGGAAAGCGAGCGGCGCAAAAGAGAGGGGGAGGGAAAAGGGGAAGGACGGAAGGAGUGCUGAAGAACUGGAGGAAAGUGUCGUGUAGAACAGAGUACAGUCAAGAGGGAUGCAGGAUUGCACCAGAGGUGGAUUGUGAGGAAACCUAGGGUGUAGGAAUCUGAAGGUGAAGUGACUGCAGACGAGGAGGCGAAAGUUGUGAGUUCAGAGGAGACAGAAAAGGUAAAAGACUUGAGUCUCAUUUGUGCAGCUCCUUGAUAUUCCUUAGGAGAAGUCAAGAAAAAUGAAGAGGAGAGGGGAAAGUGAACCUGAUCGUGAGGUGAAGACUUUGAAGAG